AUGAGGAAUUAUCAACAUAUCCUGGCUUUGGUGUUUGCAGUAAAGGAGAUUAACAAAAAUGCUCAUCUGCUGCCCAAUGUCACUUUAGGCUUCAGGAUCUAUGACAGCUAUUACAGCGCACAUUGGACAUUACAUAAUGCAAUGCGACUUACGUACACACCAGAGAGAUUUGUCCCGAAUUAUAUUUGUAGCAUCCGGAACAUACUCUCUGCAGUCAUUGGAGGAUUGGACUCACAAACUUCUCUUCAUGCAGCAAGCAUCUUGGAUAGCUACAAGAUCCCACAGCUCAUCUAUGGUUCUGCUCCGGUGAGGGAUAGUAAAACCCCAGGCCAUUUUUUCUACAUGUUGACCCCUCAGGAAACUCUUCAGCAUGCAGGGAUCCUUUCUUUGGUUCUGCAUUUCGAAUGGAUAUGGAUUGGGGUCAUUGUUAUGGAUGAUGAAAAUGGAGAAAGAAUUGCGCAAGCAGUGCUCCCACUGUUUUCAAGGCAUGGCAUCUGCUCUGCCUUUCUAGUAAGAAUUCAAGAUACAAGUGAAGCCAAUGAAGCUGUAUUCCUCUGGGGAAUAAACAUUAGUCGUAAAAUCAUGGAAAGUCAAGCCAAUGUAGUAGUGAUGUAUGGAGAAUCUUUUACUGUCCAGUUCUUGUGGUUCUUUCCCUACCUUACAGCACUAGAGGGAAACAUGCAAAAUAAGCAAAAGGGCAAGGUGUGGAUAUUGACUGUCCAGAUGGAGCCAAUUUCAUUUCAUUAUCAAAGGACUUGGGACACAGAAAUGCUCCAUGGUGCACUUGCUUUCAGCAUUCACUCCCGGAAUCCUGCAGGAUUUGAAACCUUUGUGGAGAGAAGAAACCCUUUCAGUACAACAGAAGAUGGUUUUAUCAGGGAAUUCUGGCAACAUGCCUUUGGGUGCACAUUCCCAAAUGCAGGUGUGAGUGAAAAGGAUAUUUGUACUGGGCAGGAGAAGCUGAACAGCCUUCCUGGAACUUUCUUUGAAAUGGGCACAACUGGUCACAGCUACAGCAUCUACAAUGCUGUCUAUACCGUGGCCCAUGCUUUACAUGCCAUGUCCUCACCUAGACAAAAACUCAGCACAGUAAUGGAAAGGUGGGGCCUGCCAUUUCCAAAACAGCAUUCAUGGAAGCUUCAUCAUUUUCUGAGAGGCAUGUCAUUUAACAACAGUGCUGGGGAGACAGUCACCUUUGACCAGAAGGGUGAGUUAGUGGUUGGAUUUGACAUUAUCAACUGGAUUUUUUCGGCAAACCGAUCUUUGCAUAGAGUCAAAAUUGGACAUAUGGAUCCAGAGGUUCCCCUAAACCACGCAUUCUCCAUAAGUGCUGAUGCCAUAACAUGGUGUAGAUGGUUUAACCAGGCGCAACCUAUUUCCAUAUGCAGUGAGAGUUGCCAACCUGGUUCAUACAAGAGGGCGAAGGAGGGGGAGCCAUUUUGUUGCUAUGAUUGCAUUCCAUGUCCAGAAGGAAAGAUUUCAGACCAGGAGGAUCUGAAUGACUGUUCUACAUGUGCAGAUGGACAUUUUCCAAACAAACAACAGGACAUUUGUAUUAAGAAGACUGUGACCUUCUUGUCUUAUGAAGAAUGUUUGGGGAUCAGUUUAGUCUGCUCUGCAAUUUUGUUUUCUUUGGUGACUGCUCUGGUGCUGGGAAUCUUUUUGAAGCACCACGACACUCCCAUCGUCAAAGCCAACAACCGGGAACUCACAUAUGCUCUCCUUAUUUCCAUCCUGCUCUGCUUCCUCUCUGUGCUGCUCUUCAUUGGACACCCAGAGAAGGUGAAAUGUCUUCUCAGACAACCAGCUUUUGGCAUCAUCUUCUCAGUGGUUCUUUCUUGUGUCCUAGCAAAAACCAUCACGGUGGUUUUGGCCUUCAUGGCCACCAAACCUGGAUCCAGGGCCAGAAAGUGGGUGGGGAGAAAGGUUACCUACUCCAUCGUCCUUUCUUGCUCCCUCAUUCAAACAGGCAUCUGCACUGUGUGGCUGGCAACCUCUCCUCCAUUCCCAGAUGUGGACAUGCACUCAGUGCCUGAAACCAUUACUCUGGGCUGCAAUGAGGGAUCGGUGACUAUGUUUUACUGUAUCCUGGGCUUCAUGGGCUUUCUGGCCAGUGUGAGUUUCAGCGUGGCUUUCCUUGCCCGAAAGCUGCCUGACAGCUUCAAUGAAGCCAAGUUCAUCACGUUCAGCUUGCUGGUCUUCUGCAGUGUCUGGCUGUCUUUUGUUCCCACCUACCUGAGCACCAAGGGCAAAUACAUGGUAGCUGUGGAGAUCUUCUCGAUUUUAGCCUCCAGUGCAGGAUUGCUGACCUGCAUCUUUUCCCCCAAAUGUUACAUUAUUGUAUUGGAGCCCGAGCUGAAUGACAGGCAGAAGUUGUUGAGAAGGAAAUGA